AUGCUGUUCUGGCACACGCAGCCCGAACACUACAACCAGCACAACUCUGGCAGCUACCUGCGUGAUGUGCUGGCUCUGCCCAUCUUCAAGCAGGAGGAGCCACAGCUAUCUCCUGAGAAUGGGGCCCGCCUGCCGCCCCUACAGUAUGUGUUGUGUGCGGCCACCUCUCCUGCUGUGAAGCUACAUGAAGAGACCUUGACAUACCUCAAUCAAGGUCAGUCAUAUGAAAUCCGGCUGCUGGAGAACCGGAAGCUAGGGGACUUCCAAGAUCUGAACACCAAGUAUGUGAAGAGUAUCAUCCGUGUAGUUUUCCAUGACCGCCGGCUGCAGUACACCGAGCACCAGCAGUUGGAGGGUUGGCGGUGGAGCAGGCCUGGGGACCGUAUCCUGGACAUUGAUAUUCCACUGUCUGUUGGUAUCUUGGACCCCAGGGCCAGCCCAACCCAACUGAAUGCUGUGGAGUUUUUGUGGGAUCCAGCAAAAAGAGCAUCUGCAUUCAUUCAGGUGCACUGUAUCAGCACAGAAUUCACCCCCAGGAAGCACGGGGGCGAGAAAGGAGUGCCUUUUCGGGUGCAGAUUGACACAUUUAAGCAGAACGAGAAUGGGGAAUACACGGAGCAUCUACACUCUGCCAGCUGCCAGAUCAAGGUGUUCAAGCCAAAGGGAGCUGACCGGAAACAGAAAACAGACCGGGAAAAGAUGGAGAAAAGAACAGCUCAGGAGAAGGAGAAGUACCAGCCAUCCUAUGAAACCACCAUCCUCACUGAGUGCUCUCCAUGGCCUGAUGUAGCCUACCAGGUGAACAAUGCUCCAUCCCCAAGCUACAAUGGCUCUCCCAACAGCUUUGGACUUGGUGAAGGCAACAGCUCACCUACCCACCCAGUGGAGCCCUUACCCUUGGGCAAUGAUCACCUGCUUCCCUCUGCCUCUAUCCAGGAUGCCCAGCAGUGGCUGUACCGCAACCGCUUCUCACAGUUCUGCCGGCUCUUCGCCAGCUUCUCGGGUGCUGAUCUGCUGAAAAUGUCCAGAGAUGAUUUGGUCCAGGUCUGCGGCCCUGCAGAUGGGAUUCGGCUCUUCAAUGCCAUCAAAGGCAGGAAUGUGAGGCCAAAAAUGACCAUCUAUGUCUGUCAGGAGCUGGAGCAGAACCGAGUACCCUUACCACAGAAGCAGGACGGCAGUGGGGACAAUAGCCUGUGUGUAUACCAUGCCAUCUUCCUGGAAGAGCUGACCACCCUGGAGCUGAUGGAGAAGAUCGCCAGCCUGUACAGCAUUCCCCCACAGCACAUUCACCGGGUUUACCGGCAGGGCCCCACUGGCAUCCACGUGGUGGUGAGCAAUGAGAUGGUUCAGAAUUUCCAAGAUGAGUCUUGUUUUACACUCAGCACAUUAAAAGCAGAUAGCAAUGACGGCUACCACAUCAUCCUGAAGUGUGGGCUCUGAGCAGCCGAGACCUGCACCUGUUCCCACCCCAUGGAUCCCCUGGCUGUAGAAGUUGCGCCAUUGUCAGCUGCUGUUUCAACCAACAAGCUCAGACUAGGAGGGACUCUGCCCAGUCCAGGAAAGCUAACGAUAACCAUGGACACAAAGUCUGGCGUGUAGAAAGCCAGUGGCUCCUUUCUCUCUUGGGCUUUCAGCUUUUUAACAGUCCCUUCUUCUGUUUCCCAGGCAGACGCUGGGGACAUACAUCUUUUAAAUCCGGAACCCACUGUAGUUGGAGGCCCCUUAGAUGUACUGGUCCCUCCUGACAACUCUUUUGCCUCACACUGUUCCUGUACCUCUUUCUUGGGUCACUGGCUUCAUGUCUAGCCCUGCCAGCUUGACAGGGACACCUUGCACAACUCUCCUAUUCUUAUACCAUCUCAGUGACCCUGGUGGUGACCUCUCUCCUGCUCUGGGAUGAAUUAUUAGGACUGGGGCUAUUUAUUUUGUGCCUUUCACCUUUUCUCAGUUGCCUUGUUUCUAAGAAUCUGCCACAUUCAAGCCUAGAGGCAUGCGUACGUCUCUGCCUUGACAUGGUAGAUGCCACAGUACACCUGUGUAACUUCUCGUGGGCCUUGUAUUAGUUACUUUUCUAUUGCUGUGAUGAAAUACCCUAACAAAAGCAACUAAAUGCAGACAGGGCUUGUUUGGGCUUUUAGAGUUUUAGGGGGAUAGAAUCUUUUAUGGUGAGGAAGGCAUAGAGUAGAAAGCUAGUUGGUCUCAUUUUCAUACACAUAGGAAGUGUGUGUGUGUGUGUGUGUGUGUGUGUGUGUGUGUGUGUGUGUGUGUGUGUAAGAGAGAGAGAGCACAUGCAAACAGGGAGUGGUGCGAGGUUACAAAUCCUCAAGGUCCACCCCCAGUGAUCUACUUCUCCAGCAAGACUGCAUCUUCUAAAAGCACCAGCUGGGGCCACAUGUUCAAAUGCAUGAGCCUAUGGGACACAAUUCUCUUUCAAACCACACAUUUUGCCCCUGUGUGACCUCUCACACCUAGCUGCUAAUUAGGGUGGCAAUGGACUGGGAGAUAAUGUGGAGCUUCCUCGCCAGUGAAGUGGGAUGAGGACAUGAUUCCUCUUGGGUGACUGCAGUGUAAUCUCAAUUUCUGAUGAGAAAAGAGUACUGAAGAAGUGAGGAUUUCAUUAAAUCCAGUGGCCUUGACCAUCACUUUAGAACUGUGUGUUAGAGUAUGGCUUAGUAGACCCCUUGCUAGGCAAGUAUGAGGUAGUGGAUACCACCCAGUACUGCUGCAGCCGAGGGAUUUAUGGAACUCCCUUUUUGAGACAACCCUGGUUAACCAAUCCUGUUUGCCAAGUCUCCUAGGGGAAGUGUAUUCUCCCCAGUGUUCUCGUUUCCAGAGUUCAUCUUUUCCCAAUUGUAGGUGUACAUUGAGGGUACUUUGUCUUGUUGGUAUGGUUGAAUCACCUUCCUUAACUAUGAGGGAAUUUGAGAAUUGGUAGCUGUGGUAGACUUAAGAAUUCAUCUUCGCUGGGCGGUAGUCAUUAAUCUCAUUAUCAGGGGAGGACAUUUAAGGUAGCCUCUCCACUGUUGCUUAGAUUGUUAGUUGGUGUCAUCC